CUCACUCGUGUCCGUCAUUUUGUCUUGAAGACUUUCUUCUACUUGGGUAGGUAUAAUAAACACAAGUGAAACAGGAGUAACCCCAACCCCAAACCUCGCCGCCUAAAUCGAUGGAGCCUUCCCAAAGACCAAACCAGUCAUCAUCGAUUCUAAGCGAAAUCGAACGCAUGCCAGAAGCUCCACGUCAGCGAAUCUCUCACCACCGUCGAGCUCGCUCCGACACUUUCUUCUCCGCCGGCGAAUCAAUCGACGAUCUCCUCAUCUUCGAUCCUUCCGAUGUCGAUUUCUCUUCCCUCGAUUUCCUCAACGCUCCACCAACACCUCAGCCGCAACCGAUGUCCGUCGAUUCUCCUCCGGAGGAAACCUCAUCCAACGGUGCUCCUCCGCCGCCCAUUCCUCUCCCUCCCGGCCGUCACGUCCGGAGCUUCUCAGUCGAUUCCGAAUCCAAUUUCUUCGACGAUCUCGUCGCUGAGGAUACUCAAUUGGCCCGCUCCGGAGGGAGAAAAGGUGGUCACCAUCAUCGGAGUAAUUCUAUGGACGGAGCUACGAGCUCCGGCUCCUUUAACAUGGACUCGAUUCUAGCCGCCGGUGCUAAGAAGAACAUGGGUAUGGCUAGUGACAGACUCGCCGAGCUUGCGUUGCUUGAUCCCAAACGAGCUAAACGGAUUCUAGCGAAUAGACAAUCGGCGGCUAGGUCAAAAGAGAGGAAGAUUAAGUAUACUGGUGAGCUGGAGAGGAAAGUUCAGACACUUCAGAACGAAGCUACUACACUCUCUGCUCAAGUCACUAUGUUGCAGAGAGGAACAUCAGACCUGACCACUGAAAACAAACACCUCAAAAUGCGGUUGCAAGCAUUAGAACAACAAGCUGAACUUAGGGAUGCUUUGAAUGAAGCGCUGCGGGGAGAACUGAACCGACUCAAGAUAGCCGCUGGAGAAAUUCCUCAAGGGAACGGAAAUUCAUUCAACAACAACCGCGCGCAAUUUUCAUCUCAGCUGGUGGGGAACAACAACAAGAACCAGCAGAUGAGCACAAAUGGGCAGCCAUCGAGCUUUAUGGAUUUCACCAAGAGAGGCUAAGUUCCCAUAUCUUAAAGCUUUGUUACUCAUUUGGGGGAUGCUAUAUUGGAUGUAUGUAUCUAUGUGUGUUUUAUGGUUUGUGUUAAGUAGUUUGAUUGUAUGUCUAUGGAGGUGUGUUCAUGUCAAUAUCACGGUCUUCAUAUUUUAAGAGUAGUAACUACUGUAAUAUUUAUCCAGAUUUCUUUAUUACAAACAUAUUUACACAAAA